GCAAGAACUUCAGGAAUUUGAAGCUCGAUACUGCACUCCAUGGGCUGGCUAAUCCUUUGAUUAAUGGAAGUGAUCACUGGACUGUGUGCGCUGUUCCUAGUAGACUACAAAAGGGAAGAAGCUCCACAUCUCCUCUUCGCUCGACCUCACCUCAGCUCAAUCAGCAGGAGAAAUUAAAAUGGGUGCGGUGCUAUCAAAGGAAAAGAAAAGGAGAAGUGGUGCCGUGGUGCAGGAGGUGAAGGUGGUGGAGUCGUGCAUGGUGGCACCCAGCGAGCAGACGCCUAGGCACGGCCUCUGGCUCUCCCCGCUCGACCUCAUGCUCGUCAACAGAGGCCACACCCCCACCGUCUACUUCUACCGCUCCGAGUCCGGCGACUUCUUUGACGUGGCGAGGCUCAAGGCGGCGAUGGCCAAGGCUCUGGUGGCCUUCUACCCCCUGGCCGGCCGUCUCGGCGUCGGCAGCCGUGACGGCAGGUUGGUCAUAGACUGCGCCGGUCAGGGCGUGCUCUUUGUCGUCGCGCGCUCGGACCUCGCCGUCGACGACUUCAGCACCUUCAAGCCGUCGCCGGAGCUAAGGAGGCUCUUUGUUCCCCGCGUCGACGAUUACUCGCCUCCCGUCAUGUGCGCCGUCCAGGUCAGCUUCUUGAAGUGCGGCGGGGUGGCACUAGGGACCGCGCUGCACCACGUCGCCGCCGACGCCAUCAGCGCCUUCCACUUCUUCCAGACUUGGUCCGCCUUCUCCCGGGACGAUGACGCGGCAGUGGCGGCGCUAGAGCCCCAGUUCCACGACCGCACCCUCCUCCGCGCGCGCUCCCCGCCCUUCGUCCACCCGGACGCGCUCACCGUCUUCUGCCCCAAGCUGAACCUCUCCACCGAGCCGUCGGCGGGGCCCGUCGUCAGCGAGGCUUUCGACAUCUCCAAGGACCAGGUCGCCGCUCUCAAGAGUGCGUGCAUCAGCGGCGACGGUGGGCGCGUCAGCACGUUCUGCGCCGUGAGCGCCCACGUGUGGCGGUGCGUGUGCGUCGCGCGCAGGCUGCCGCCGGAAGCCACGACCCGCCUCACCUUCCCGGCCAGCGUCCGGCGCAGCCUGAGGCCGCCGCUCCCUGCAGGCUACUUCGGCAACGGGAUCAUCUGGCUGGGCGCCGCGGGCCAGGUCCGGGACGUCGCCUCCUCGGAUGGCCUCGCCUCCACGGCCAGCCGCAUCAGGGGCGCCGUCCGCCGGAUGGACGACGAGCUGGUGCGCUCGGCGAUCGACUACUUCGAGCUGACCGCGGAGGCGGACAGCAAGCCAGCGCCGGGCCGCAUGGCGGAGACGGAGCUGAGGGUAAUCAGCUGGCUGGGCAUGCCGGUGUACGACGCGGACUUCGGGUGGGGGAAGCCGCUGGCGAUGCUGCGCGCCGAGGCAGAGCGCGCCGGGUUCGUCUACCUGAUGGACGGCGGGCAGGGCGCCGGCAGCGUGCACGUCGUCAUCUGUACGGAGGCCGCGAUCCUCAGCGACUUCCAACGCCUGCUAUAUGCCAAGUUCUAGCUCUAGGCAGCGCCUGACAUGAAUGGCGCCGGUCGUGACGCUGAGGUGUUCAACAGAGAGAUUACAUGCGAAAUUGUACUGUAAUUAUACAAAUAAUUAAUUUUGACAUUAGCAAAAGAUUCCUGGUUUCAUUAGCGUAACCAUACGGCCAUUACAGGAGAAUACGGCAAAAGUAGCAUGCAACAAGAAUAGAAAUUGUC